CUGAGUUUCGAAAGAGGAAAAGCGAAUUCCUCCUUUUUCCUUCAUUUCCCCCUUUUUUCCGGCCCCAUUUUUUCCUCUAUCUGCAGAUGCGGAAAGCAUCGUCCGCUCUCUCUGUCCGAUAUGCCCUUCCUUUCCAAACCCUCCUUCCCUUUUUCCACCGGGGCCACAUCCUCCACUUCCGACCCCCCCUCACCACCCCAUGCCCAAGAUAGCACCGACGGCGCAGUGGAGCGCCGGAUCCGGGAGGCGGAGGACCGGCUUCGGGAGGCGAUCGAGGAGCUGCAGCGCCGGCAGCGCCAUGCCCGCGGCCGUUACCCACCUUGCGAGCAUGCCGACGAGUCGUGUGUUGCCAAUGCCAUCGGCAACCUUUGCCAGAGCUUCCUCCUCUCCUAUGGAGUCCGUGUAGGCAUCGGAAUCCUCCUCCGCGCCUUCAAGCUCGCCCGUCGCCAGUCCUAUGCUUCCCUCCUUGAUCUCAAGCAACUUGUGUCAGAGAAAGAUUUGAUAGUGAGAGAAGAAGCAUGUCGCGUUGGGUUGCUUUUUGGUGGGUUUACCGGAUCAUAUCAUGCCCUUCGAUGUUUGCUGAGGAAGUUGAGAAAGAAGGAGACUCCUAUGAAUGCAAUUCUAGCAGGUUCGCUUGCAGGAUUAUCCAUUUUGGCUUUAGAUGAUUCGAGCCGGAGGCGCACUCUUGCUUUGUAUCUCUUAGCUAGGCUUGCACAGUGUGCUUAUAAUUCUGCAAAGUCAAAGAAUAAGUUUCACCUUUGGGGAAGCCAUUGGAGACAUGGAGAUUCUUUACUAUUUGCUCUAGCAUGUAGCCAGGUCAUGUAUGCCUUUGUAAUGCGACCUGAAAGCUUGCCGAAAUCAUAUCAAGAUUUUAUCUUAAAGACAGGACCAGUUGCGGAACCUGUAUACAAGGCUGUCAGGGAUAGCUGUAGAGGUGGUCCUGUAGAUGUUGCUGCUCUUUCUGUUUACUUAACAAAGAGAAAGGGGUCCAGUUCUGUCAACUUGAUGGAAUAUCCUUCCAUCAUUCCAUGUUCUAUAAUUCAUCCGGAUACAACGUCAUGUUUGGCUCACAAUUCUACUGCAGCAUCAGCAACUUUCAGGAAAACAUUUCCACUAUAUUUCUCAUUAACAUUUGUACCAUUUGUCGUGCUCCAUCUACAAAAGUUCAUGCAAUCUCCUGCUCGUACCUGCUGGCUUGCCAUUAAAGGUGCUGUUCGCUCAACAACGUUCUUGUCUGCUUUUGUUGGAAUCUUUCAGGGUGUCAUAUGUUUGCACAGAAAAGUGGCAACGGAGGACCACAAACUUGUGUACUGGUUUGCGGGUGGAAUUGCUGCCCUUUCAGUACUACUUGAGAAGAAACCAAGACGGGCAGAAUUGGCUCUAUAUGUUCUUCCCCGUGCUGGAGAUUCACUGUGGUAUAUCUUAAUAAAUCGCCAUCUGCUUCCAAAUAUAAAGAAUGCUGAGGUGGCUCUCUUUUGUCUAUGCAUGGGAGGAAUCAUGUAUUACUUGGAACAUGAACCAGACACCAUGGCUCCAUUCCUCCGGGGAUUGAUCCGGCGGUUCCUGGCAAGCAGGAUAAGCAAUCCGGGCCCAUCCUCCAACCGGAAUGCAUCCUAUUCCUACCUACAGACUCUCAACUCCUUGGAUAAGCCCAAGUUACAAGGGAACCAUGAGAAUGAAGCUUCGGCAGCACCUGAGAAGUACAACCUCGAAUCAAUCCCUGGACUAUAAAAUCUCUUGCCCAUUGCCUUUUUGCUAUGGUGACAAGAGCUCAAGAUCCGAAUCAAAUUCCUUAAUUUUUCUUCAUACCCAUAUGCAAUUUAUUAGGGUGGCAUGGAACUUUUUUCUAUUAAUCAAAACAAAUAGCUGGAUAUUGCCAUCAGUUGAUUUAUUUUAUUUUUUUCCUUCCGCAAUGUAACCAAUAUGGUCAUAGACCUGAAAGGAAAGGAGAUUUGAGGAUUUCAUUUCUUUCA